CCUACCUGCGAUAGGAAUCAAGUCCACCAGUCCCUGGGCAACGAUACAGAAAUAUUUGGGUCGAUGUCCCUUUUUUUCUUGGUAGUUUAACUCUGCCUGACCGCGACUUUUUGCUCCACAGUCUCAAUUGGGAACUCGCGACACCUUCUUCUCUUAACGACAGACAUCCUCGACGGCCAGAUCUCGAGUUUUACACCACCUCCCUUUCUCAAAACCGCCAAGAUGUCUUCCGCAGAACUAUCCUCCAAGAAGCGCAAGCGCGCCGAGGCCACCGCCGCUGCCCCAGACGACACCGCGGUGACCAAGAAGUCCAAGUCCGAUAAGAAGGACAAGAAGGAGAAGAAGGCGGCCGACGUUGGACCCGCGACCGACUUCAUCGCCCUCGAGGAGUCCAAGGCCGAGAAGAAAGAGCGCAAGCGCAAGGAGAAGGAGGCCCGCAAAGCAGCCGAGGAGGCCUCGAUAGCAGAUGCCGCCGACACCUCGGCCAUGGACGUCGACCCCCCCGUGACCGCGGAAGAAACCAAGAAGGACAAGAAGGUGAAGAAGAGCAAGAAGUCCAAGCCCGCCGCGGACGAAGAAGAGAAGACGGAAAAGAAGGACAAGAAGGAAAAGAAAGACAAGAAGGAGAAGAAGAAGGACAAGGAGACCAACGGCGAGACUCCCACCGCCGCCGAAAAGACCAAGUCCGACGAGAAGCUGGAAAAGAAGUCCAAGAAGUCCAAGAAGUCCAAAGACGAGCCCGCCGCCGCUGAAGAAUCCCAGCCCGCCGCCGCCGCCGCCGAGGAAGAAGAAGAGACCCCCGCCGAAGGAGCGAAGAGGGAGAAGUACAUCGUCUUCGUCGGAAACCUCCCCUACACGGCCAACAAGGAGUCCAUCAACGCCCACUUCGCCGCUUACAAGCCCACCGCCAUUCGCUGCCUUAACAAGGACGGCAACCCUAACAUCUGCCGCGGCAUCGCCUUUCUCGAGUUCUCCAACGGCUCCAACAUGCGCACCUGCCUCGACAAGAUGCACCACACCGAGUUUGACGACGGCCUGUCGCCCGCGCGCCGGAUCAACCUCGAGCUUUCUGCUGGCGGCGGCGGCAAGAGCAAGUUCCGCAAAGAGAAAAUCAAGGAGCGCAACGUCCACCUUGACGAGAACCGCGUCAAGCGCCUUCAGAAGGAAGAGGAGUACAAGAAGCAGCGCGCGUCCCAAGGUGGCGUAAACUCCCAGCAGGACAGCAUCCACCCGAGCCGCCUGGCUAUGAUGUACCAGUAGAUCCAGUGUUGUUUUCCUCCAUCGUGUGUAGAUUUGCGUCGCAGGCCUGGGGCCAGGGCCGGAUGUUGACGUGGUUGAUCUUGGAUAAACCAGGAGUUGUGACAUAUACAGAAUAUGUGGUUUCACUGGACUGGCCUACACCAGGUCCCUUGCUAGAUACCCUAGGGCAUUU